CAAGCGCCGAUAUUAGACUUUUAUUUUGAAAGCGACCAACGCGGAAGUGAGCCUACGUCUCCAGCACGCUGAUGUCAGUGACAGUCAAAGUCCUGCUGACGUCUCCCAGCGAACAUCAACGACACCAUCCUCCUCCUGUCUGUCACACGCACGCGCCCUGAAAGUGCAGCCCCUCGCAUGCGUGCGCUCGCCCCUCCGGUUCCAUCGAGCCCGUGACCGCGUUUUUUGGCAAUGCGAGCGUCGUUAUUCGCGUGGCAGCUGGUCUCGUGCGCGUGGCUGGUCAGCGGCACUCUGUCCAAAUUUGACGCCAAAAAGUCGCCCAAAGUGGACGCCGAGUCGUCUCCAGCGGAUCAGUCCGUGUUCCACCGCGGGCUGGUGGCGUCCGACCCUCACUGGAAGGACAUCGUCAAGGAGGAGAAGAGACACUGGAGCAACACCAAGAGGACCUUCGCAGGUCCCGUGCUGGGCUAUGUUACACCUUGGAACUCUCACGGCUACGACGUCGCCAAAACCUUUGGCUCCAAACUGACCACCGUGUCUCCAGUCUGGCUGCAGCUUCGUCGGCGAGGGCCGGAAACCUUUGACGUGUUGGGGCUUCAUGACCACGACCCAGGUUGGGUCAAAGCUGUGCGCAAGUCCAACAAGAGAGUCAAGAUAGUCCCGCGGCUUCUCUUCGACGGAUGGUCCUACCAGGACUACAUGAGCGUGCUGGGGAGUGAGGAUGAGAUUGAGGAGCUGGGAGUGGAGCUGGUGGACGUUGCCAAGAUCGAAGGAUUUGAUGGGUUCACAUUGGAGAUGUGGAGUCAGCUGGGAGGACACAAGAGGAAGGAGCUGGUGCAUCUGGUGAAGCACAUCUGUGAGAUGUUGAAGGCCCAAAAGCUGGAGUGCAUUCUGGUGAUUCCCCCAGCUGUGACCAGCACCAGGCAGCCAGGGAUGUUCGGCCAGGAAGAGUUCCUGCAGCUGGCCCCGGUGGUGGACGGAUUCAGCCUCAUGACCUACGACUACUCCAGCAGCUCCAGACCGGGACCGAGCUCGCCCCUGCCCUGGAUCCGAGAAUGUGUCCUUCAGCUCGCUCCCACCUCUGAAUGGAGGCAGAAGAUCCUGCUGGGGCUCAAUCUGUACGGUCUGGACUUUGCCAGUCAGAAAGCAGAUCCUGUUCUUGGGGGCAGAUACAUUGAGAUUUUGAAAGAAAACAGACCCAAACUACUGUGGGACGAAUAUUCAGCUGAACACUACUUCACUUACAAGAGAAGCAACGGAGUCAAACACGUCAUCUAUUAUCCAUCGCUGAAGUCGCUGCACAUGAGGAUCUCACUAGCCAGAGAACUGGGGACCGGACUUUCGUUAUGGGAGUUGGGACAGGGACUGGACUACUUCUAUGAUCUCCUAUGAGACCGGACAUGAAAAGUCAGUCUCAUGGACUCUGAAAUCUGUUUGGUUUUUACUGAACUGAAUCCAUGUCAAACAAGGUAUUAAAAGUUCUACUUCCUGUUUGGAUGUUUAAAAAAAAAAAAAAAAAAAAAGGUUGACAGUGUUUGUCAACAUGGAAUUACUGAUUUACUUGAAGCUUGUGACAGUGAAACAAAGGUGAAAGGUCAUCGCCCAAACAUUGCUGUUUUUUUUUUGUUUUUUUUUUUAUCAGGAUGCAUGACUUUUUUUCAUCCUUCAUCUGAUUAAAGUGAUAAGUGUCCAGCGUUUUCACACCUGCUCUCCUCUAUAAAAGCUGAGUCAUCACUUCCCGUUGCACAGUAGAAUCAGGUUGUUGACAGCCAAGGAGGUCGACUGCUCAUUCUGGGCCGUCACCAGAUGCCUGUCGAUCACCACGUGGACCGCGUCCUCCUGACUCGCUGGAAAACCACAAAUUCACAGAAAUGAAUUUAGCGGUCCGUUUUUUCAAAAGAUUCUGUUUCAGGUAAAGGUUGCGCUGAAGAACUCAAGUGCCUUUACAAAUGGUUUAAUAACAGCAAGCAUGUUCAGGACAGGACAGUUAGUUCUUAAAAACAAGUUGCCUAAAAACAAUGAAAAGCUAAAGCUAAGUCGAUUUCACUAGGAAAAAAUGCCAUCGGUCUUUGAAACAGAAAAGUCAAACAUGAGUCAGCGAAUUAUGAUGAACAAUAUUUGAUCGUGGAACACAUUACACAUGAACUGGCUUGCUAUUACGAUGCACUUGUCUGAAAGACAGUGCACUUGUCUACCAGUGGCAUGAUUUACAUAAACGAUUCUUCUAAGAAAGAAAGAAGGAAGGAAGAAGCUGCCGGUCUGCCACCUCAUUAAUGAUUGACUUUACACAUUACACCCAGAGCCACCUCUGGUUCAUGGUGUUAUUACCUAUCACCUCAUUUCAUGUCUACUAUUAAAGGGGUCAAACCUAUGGACCAGGGGACAAAUCCAGUCUGCUGAGUCAUUUACUGUGGCCUGCAGAUACUAACAGACUAAUAGACUUUAAUACUUUGAACUAGAAUCAAGUGUUCUGCGGAGAAGUCGGUGAAGAAUUUAUUUUUUGACACUAACAACAGGUGUUUUUGUCUAAAUAAGAUUCCAGUGAUGAAUCUGUUCCUUGGAGACUUAUAUUUGAGGUUGCUCAGUCCUCGACUUAAGUUUCACAGAACAUAUAAAGUACUGCAACAAUUAAAGUUUUAAGACAAAUUUGUUGGAGCCAAAAAAUGUAAACCGAUGUUCUGUUCUGCUUAAACAGUAUUUUAUUUAGGAUGAGUGAACAAACUACAAUGUUCACAGAAUCUACUACAGGGAAAAAAUCUGCUGUCACUCCAGAACAAAACCACCACAUGGAUUUUAAAGGCAGGUGAAGAUUGUCCCACUCACCAGAAUAAGAGCCGCCGCUGUCCUUGACAAAGUCUUCUACGAUGAGUGGCAGAUUUGCAAAGUCUGGUCGUCGCACAAGCUCGAACACCGAAGGCUUUAAAAAAAACACACUUUUACUUAGUAUUCAAAUUGACAG